CCACAGUCAGCAGCAUGAGAGAUCAGAUAGACCUGCUGGCCACAGUCACAGUUCUGGGGGUCCUGGAGCAAGCCUAUUUUGCAAUGCAGGUGAUCUACGCCCGUCGGAAGUACAAGAUUUCCCCUCCUGAAACAUCAGGUCACCCUGAAUUUGAGCGGACCUUCAGAGCUCAGGCAAACUGCUCAGAAUAUUUCCCAAUCUUCAUUUCCCUCCUCUGGGUUGCUGGAAUCUUCUUCCAUCAAGGUGUGACCGCAGUGUGUGGGCUGUUGUACCUCUACAGCCGCCUCAAGUACUUCCAGGGCUACACCGUGGCUGCCCAGGGACGGUUGGGACCACUGUAUGCCAGUGCCUGGCUGCUCUGGCUGCUGGUGGGGAUGGCACUGGCCGGGCUCCUGGCACACUUCCUGUGGCCCAGCUCCUCCACAUGGAUGGCAGCACUGGUGUGGCCUCUCCAGCUCCAUGGCGCCUGGUGAGAGGGGCCAUGGCUCUCCCCAAACCCACUGCUUGCCCUGUCACAGGGAGCCAGUCAUGUGGCACCAUCAGAGAGAGAAUAUUUCCCUGGCUCUGCACUCCCCGCUGAAGGGAGGUGGAUGCUGGCACUCCUCUGCUCUCAGAGAUAAUUUCCUUUCUAGAAAGCAAAUGCUUUCCAGCCCCUGCCUCUGCUGAGGAGCUUCACUGCUGGGCUUUGUAGCACUGUCUGCUCCAAAAUGCCUCUGGCUCUGCCUCAUGGAGCACAGAUUGACCCACAUGCUGUUGUCUCUCCUCCUUACUGCUGUAAUGAUCUAUGUUGAAGAAUCACACCAUGGAUAUACAAAAAUAAAUUCCUUUUCUCACUAGGAAUCACCUGUGAUUGUCGAAAGUGCUCAGAGACUGGUGUGAGAAAAUCUGAGUUGGGGACUGGGUUUCAUAGGAAAAGCUGCUGUGAUUAACUGAAAAGGAUGGGUAAACUUGCCUAAAACCACGUCCAAAUAUUGGAAGAAAAGCAUGAUCCUAGUCCAAGUACUAAAGUCUGUGUUUGGCCUUGAUUGAAUGACC